GGGCUGGCGCCCUGGGCCGCUCGGCCGCCGCUGCCCCUGGCGCCCAGCAUGUCGGUGCACUACACCCUGAAUCUGCGUGUUUUCUGGCCCCUGGUGACUGGCCUGUGCACCGCUCUCGUGUGCCUCUACCACGUCUUGCGGGGAAACGGGGGCGUCCCGGCCGAGCCCCCCGACGGCGCAGACGGUGGUUUCCCACUGCUCAAGGCGGCAGUCCUGCUGCUCCUCGGCUAUGUCCUCCUGCGCUGCCGCCACGCUGUCCGCCAGCGCUUCCUGCCCCGGCCCCCCCGCCUGGGGGGCCACCCCGCCUUGUCCCCAAGGCCUUUCGGAGAACCUGGCCUUGGCAUCUUGCUGGAGAGUUACUACGAGCACGAAGUGCGCUUGUCACCGCACGUGUUGGGCCACAGCAAGGCGCACGUAAGUCGGAUCGUGGGCGAACUGGUGCGGGCUGGCCGUGCCCGGACGUCCCCAGGCCCCAUCCCAGGGGGGGCUCUGGCCUUGGCCUUCCGCGGAGACUUCAUCCAAGUGGGCAGCGCCUACGAGCAGCACAAAAUCCGCCGGCCCGACAGCUUUGACGUGCUGGUGCCGCUGCGCCUUCCGCCGCUGGUGGCGCUGGAGCCGCGGAGCCUGGGCGCCGAGCCCGCGCUGGCCCCGGCUUUCCGCGGCUGCUUCUUGUGCGCCAUCAAGGCGCCGCCUGUGCCAUCAGGGGCCCCUUCGGGCCACUGGCUCCGGGACUGCAAACCCUUCGCCGACGGCUUCUGCGUGGACGUGCGCGGGCGGCGCCACCUCUCUGCCACACUGGUGCUACGCUGGUUUCAGUCGCACCUACAGCGCUCUCUGGCCACUGUGCGCUACAGCCUGGAGGGGCGCUGUCGGGUCAGCCUGACCCCGGGCGGCCUAGAGCAGCCGCCCACACUGCACAUCCUGCCCUGCCGCACCGACUACGGCUGCUGCCGCCUUUCCAUGGCAGUGCGUCUCAUCCCUGCUGUCCAUCUGGGUGACGGCGUGUUCCUCGUGGCGCCACUGCUGCCACCCUCGCCCGCAGGGCCCUUGUCAGAGCUCCCGGGAGGCCUGCGCCCCGAGGCGCUGUGGGGCGUGAACACAGCGCGCCAGGAGCAGAAGCUGCUGAGCUGGCUGCAGGAACGGGCCCCUCCAGGUGCCUGCUACCUCAAGUGCCUGCAGUUGCUAAAGGCCCUUCGAGACCUGGGUGCCCGCGGGCUGGACCCAAUGGCUGCCACCCAUUGGGGGCGCAUCCUGUCCUCGUACGUGCUCAAGACCGCGCUGCUGGCAGUGCUGUUACGCGAGGGGGUCCCUGCGCAGGUCUGGGAUGAGGUGCACCUGGGAGAACGCUUGGAGGAGGUGGUGCAGUUUCUUAGGGACUGCCUGCUGCAACGCCGCGCACUCUUCCACUGCGUCCUGGGUCCUGGCGGGGCGGCCGCAGAGGUGGGCCCCCUGCCCAAGGUGCUGCGUGAAGCUGCCCCAGUAGACGUCCUGGCGGCUUUCGACCAGCGCCCCCGGGAACUCGCAGCUGCGCGGCUGCUGUCCACGUGGCGAAGGCUGCCCCAGCUUCUCCGGGCCUACGGGGGUCCCCGCUACCUUGCCAGGUGCCCGCCACCCCGGAGUCAGCGCACCCAGGGAUCCCCUGAGGAUGAACCGUAAACCGUGACAGCACCCCCACCUGGCCAAAUGCUGCUAAAGCCUCUGCUGCGGUGUGGGGUUGGGGAGGGCAGUUAAGCCUUAACCCGAGGAAGAUGAGCUGCAGACGGUGCUGGGAAAUUUGGAGGAUGCCACAAGCUUUGGUGGCUUAAAUGUCACCCCUUGGCUCCACAGUCUAGUAUAGUUACGGCACCUUCUUCACACCCACUUGGAUGUCCUGGGAAAGCUAUGGAAAGACACCAAACUGCAGCAGCUAAGAAUUGGUCCAAAUGUUGUGCUGUGUGGAAUGAUUAUGUAGAAGAGCCUGGCUUUUAGGGGAAGUCAGGUAGAGGAAGCAAGAACUAGCUGCAGGGGAAAGUUCCCUCUGCAGGUUCUAGAGACAGCUCUCGCCCCGAAAUUUAAAAGCAGCUAAUGUUUUUGACAUAGCUACUUGCUAGGUACUUGGUUCCCCCUUGUCUUAAAAAAAAAAAAAAAAAAAAAAAUCCGAAUCAUAAUUCACAAAUGGAAUUGAAAUUCUCUUCCAGGGGCUGAUGUUCUGAGAACUUAGUUUCCACUAUUCAAAUUAAUAUUAAUGUAUUUUGCAAGCAGUGCAAUCAUGAGUGACAGGGUUGUGAAGAAUUAAGUCACAUGUGUUGAGAGACACUCAUGAGUUGGUUAGAGAAACUUCCAGACAAAUCGCACUUUAUUUUGAUGAAUUCCUUCUUUCUGUGGUGAGUGCUAGUGCCAAGCAUCGCAUCUGAAAGGGAGACUGAUUACAUUCAUAAUUAAGAAAUGGGCAGCCUUGAAAAGUAGCCAGCAGGCUUGCUUAACAUCCCGCCAGGGCACAAGCCAGGAAUAUGUACCAGUCAGUCAUCCCUGUCUGUUGAGUGUCUGCUGGGAGCCAGGCAAGUGCAAAGUGGCAACAAAAUACAUGUAUCAGACAGCACUGGUGAGGGCUUAAAACAUGUUGAGUCUGGAGGAAGAUGUAUUUCACAUCUUUGCCUUCAUGGUGUCUCACCAGGGCUUGCUGCUGGCUGGAAUUGGAAACUGUUUUGCAUGGAGAUUUCUUUCUGGUUUAGUGAGAUAAUGAGGAGAUGUCUGUUGCAGUGCCUAGCAUAUAGUUAGUGCUCUCAGUCAGUGUUCAGUGAUGGCUCUUGGUUCGAAUUUUCCUUCUGGCAUUGCCUGGGCAGCCUUAGGUGAACUUGGCAAACUUUGAAGAGCUGUUGGUUCUGCGCAAGCCUGGCAAAGCAUUUCGUUUAUAGUUUAGAAUCUUGGGCUCUAUGUUUGAAGGGCAGAGGAGAAAUACAGUCAGGAAGACAGGCCUUGAGAGCAUCUACUCUUUCUUCUUUUUGGACAUAAAUAUCAUCAGGCUGGGUAUAUUUUGCAGCCAGCAGGAGCCCAUUCUGAAAUCUCUCCUGUCCCUCCUAAUUUCUAAUAGCCCUCAAUUUUCAUCAGUCAACUUAAAAGUCAGUUUCAGUUUAGAAUGGUCCAUCAUCCCGUUAAGAGCCUGGGUGGCUGCCAACCUAAAGAUUGGCGGUUUGAGCCCACCUAGCGGCACCAUGGAAGAAAGGCCUGGCGAACUGCUACCAUAAAGAUUACAGCCAAGAAAACCCUACAGAGCAGUUCUACUCUGUAACACAUGGAGUCAUCAUGAGUCAGAACUGACUCAAGGGCAACGGGUUUGGUUUUAUCAUCCCCUUGCUUGACUGGAAAAGCAGGUAGCCCCAGUGUUAUACUUCGGGAUGUUUUUUACAAGGCACGUACUUCCUUAGACUCUUAAAGGUAAAACUUGGAAGGCAGAAGUAGCUGUUGAGUGGGGCCAUUGUUUAAUUUCUGAGCUAUUUUGAGGGAACUCUUAUUUAGGUGACCCACUUGGGCACUGCAGGGAAUCUUUGUGAGUAAAUGAUUUACAGGGAAUUCUUCUCACCAGAGCUGCAUAGAUUUCUUAUAUCCUUUGAAGCCUUGGACUCUAAGAGAAAUAGCAGCAAAUAUUGUGCUAUUUCUUUGAGGCUAUUGUGGGGACGGUUGCCCUUGAUACCACAAAGGUCAUUCCUAGCUUUUGACGUUGUUAUGUUCUAAGGUACUGCAUUUAGUGAAUGGAUCAGUCUACCAAUUUCCUGCAAAGAUAUCAACUGCACAGUUUUCUUUAAAUUACUUUUUAAAAUAAAUGCCAAGAGUAGAUCCUAUAUGUAUAUAUGAAAAAGAAUUUCUAUACCCAGCUGCAGUUUUCCCCAUAGUCUUUAAGUCUCCUGGAGCUGGGGGACAGCCAGUCUCUCAGAGGGAUUAUCAAGCUUUAAAAGCUGAAUUUUCCAAAUAUUUUUAGCUGAGUUGAUGGAUUUCUUUUUUAUCUUGAUAGUAUUUUGAAGCAUAUUUCUAGUAAGAUACUGUUCUUGUAGCUUUUGUUCAGGUUAAUUUCCCAAACCUCAUCCAUCCUCAAGGUUUUGAAAUUUUUUUAUUAUUUUUUAAAUUAAUGGGGCAUUGUAUUUGUGAAUUUUUAAGAUAUUAAUGUUUUAUUUAAAUGCCAUGCUGAGCAAUUGUUCUGUGCACAAGGUGACCAAAACGUAGGCAUUUAGAUCAAUUUUGAUCAAUGUUUAGUCAUCCAAAACAUGUACUGUUUACAAAUGAGAUAAUAUGGCGUAUUUGCCAGGUGUGACGGUUGCCCAAGGCACUUAAAUUAAGCUCAAUUCUGUAUUUUAUUAGGGCUCUGUCACCCUUCAUUUAAAAUGUGCACAUUUUUGGUGUAUGCCUGGUACUGGAAACUCAUAUAUGCAAAUAUUCUCAGACAGGAAGGCUCAAAAUUGCCCAUGUAAAAAAAAAAAAAAAAAGA